AUGGCGCAGCAGGGCGGCACGUAUAAAGCCCCGCCGAGGUUUACCUUCUCCUUCGGCCGGACCCAGUCUUUUACCGAGCCCUUGACCGAAGAUAAUGGCUCUAUCGACGAGAAGUCAGCAGAGACCGACGCCGCUGACGAGAAGAAUGCCGCUGCUAUGACAACGGAAAAGGGUGCUGAGAAGGUGGAAGAUGACGAGCGGGACUGGGUGAUCGUUCCUAGGAACCCGGAAGACGAGCCGGAGGAACGCGCGGAGCCGAGGGGGAUCUUUGUGUCUUACGGUAUUGGUUCACCAUGCGGCUGUUCGGUGAAAGGCGAGUUCAGGUUUGGGUGGGGGAAGGGUGGUGCGCCGACUGGGGAGGGGCUAUGA